UCACGUCAAUGUGGAAAAUCUAGAAGAGAAACUGGGCAACCAAAAUAUCAGUUUCUCAGUAUUCGGUUUAACGCAAGGGCCUUCUUCAAGCCUCCGCAAGCUUUUAGGAAUCAACCGCAUAUGUGAAAUGAAAUUGAUCCAUGCUCGAUCCUUGGAUAUUUUGGAUUACAUGUGUGAAGUGAUAAAAGAUCUAGACACUCAAGACAUGAUAGAAGGCCUUGUCUAUAGAGCACUAUUCCUUGCUGUACAAACUGGGAUUAUUGAGUUCGUUAUUCGUUUAGGGAUGCUAUCUCCAACAGAAAAACUUGAUCGUAUUUCAGGUGCAGCCUUGCAAAUGCAGAGAGAAAGACAAUGGUUCAAGGAGGUGAAAAGUCUUGUAGUUUUACCCUCGGGAGUGGGAGCUUUCAAUAAACAGGGUAUGAGACCCCAUGAACUAUUUACCCAGAACCAUAAUAAAUUGAAGGAAGAAGGAGAAAAGUGGAUGAAAGAUACAGCAACCUCUUGUACAGUUGUAGGUGCUCUCACUAUUACCAUCAUGUUUGCUGCAGCCUUCACGGUGCCUGGCGGAAACAAUGGAGGAACAGGCUUUCCCUUGUUCUUAGAUGAAAAGAUGUUUAUGUUUUUUAUAGUUUCAGAUGCUAUAUCGCUCUUUUCUUCCACAACUUCAGUGUUAAUGUUUUUGGGAAUCCUUACAUCACGAUAUGCAGAAGACGAUUUCCUAAAAUCCUUACCCACAAAGAUGAUAAUCGGCCUUUCAACACUCUUGAUCUCCAUCGCUUCCAUGAUGGUUGCCUUUUGUUCUGCUCUUUUCCUUAUGCUUCGUGAAAGACUAUGGAUUGUCAUUCCAAUCAUUUUCCUUGCCAGCGUUCCAGUCACCUUAUUUAUUUGGAUGCAAUUUCCCCUUCUUGUUGAGAUUUUCAUUUCUACAUAUGGAGGAGGGAUAUUUGACAAGAAAGUGAGACGGUGGAUAUAA